AUGAGAGUCUGGCCUAGGUCUGUGCUGCUCUCUCACUGGCUGUUUCUGGCCUAUGUGCUGAUGGUGUGCUGCAAGCUGCUGUCUGCCUCCAGCCAGCACCUCCGGGGACACGCAGGCCACCAUCAGAUCAAGCAAGGAACCUGUGAGGUGGUAGCUGUGCACCGGUGCUGCAAUAAGAACCGCAUUGAAGAGCGUUCACAGACGGUCAAGUGCUCUUGCUUCCCAGGCCAGGUUGCUGGCACCACUCGGGCACAGCCCUCUUGUGUAGAAGCUUCCAUUGUAAUCCAGAAGUGGUGGUGUCACAUGAAUCCCUGUUUGGAAGGCGAGGACUGCAAAGUGCUGCCUGAUUCCUCAGGGUGGUCCUGCAGCAGUGGCAAUAAAGUCAAGACGACAAGGGCAAGUAUGGAGGCAGCACAACGUCAGCCAGGGGGUCUGGCCUUGAUCUAG